AUGUUCUCUAAGGUCCUGUGCCUUGUUGCUGUUAUCAGUGUGGCGGCCGCACAGUACGGUCACGGUCACGGCCACGCUUACUCAUCUCAACACAUCUCACGCCACGAUGGACCCGCGCAUGCUGUGCAUGUCCACGGUCAUGAUCACGGCCACGGUCAUGGUCAUCAUGACCACGUCGACUACUACGCUUACCCCAAAUACGACUUUGAGUACAAAGUGUCGGACCCUCAUACCGGUGACCACAAGAGUCAGCAUGAAUCCCGCGAUGGUGAUCAUGUGACCGGUUACUACUCGCUCCAUGAGCCCGAUGGCUCCGAGAGGACUGUUCACUACCACGGCGACAAGCACAGCGGUUUCCACGCAACCGUCAAGCAUCAGACUCAUCAUAUUGUGCCCCACCAUCAUCACCAUCAUUACUAA